AGUAUUCAUCCAUGCAUGAAUAAUAAUACAUUCAUGUUACGUUGACUCCGAAGAAGUUAGUGUAUCUCAUAUUUUAUUUUUUAUAAGAUGGCAUCGACUGUAGAUUUAGUAACGGAUUCCGUACCGGAUAUAAGUGGCAAAGAUGAAAAAAGUUUCGGUCAGUUAAAUUUAAAAGAGAAAUUUACUUACAUCAGAGAAGUUAUAACGGUGGAGCCUCUUAUAGGGGCAUAUACGAUGGCUUCCAUUUUGUGCACACCGACAAUUUAUAAAUUAGAAUCUGAAAAAUCCUGUAGAUCCAAUCUUCAAAUGAAUAACACUGUCUGUGAUGCCAUUUUAUACGGACAAUAUGAAAACUACACGGAUCAAAUCGAUGAUAUACAAAUUUUAAUUAGUAAUAUGCAAUCGUGGCAACAACCUAUGCAAAGCAUCAUGCCUUUGAUACUGGUGCUAUUCUUAGGUUCCUUUAGUGAUAGACACAAACUGAGAAAGCCCUUUUUGAUAAUCCCCUUAUUCGGUGAAUUAUUCGCCGUAGCAGGUUGUAUUGCUAGUGUUAUUUUUAUGACAUCUUGGCCGUUAGAGGUAUUUGGAGUAUUUCAAUUAGUCAUACCAUCGUUUUUUGGCGGACUACCUAUGAUAACAAUGGCAGUAUUUGCUUAUAUAGCUGACGUAAGUACUCUUGAAAUGAGGACUUUACGAAUAGGUAUAGUACAAAUAGUACUGAAUAUUAUAGUACCUUUGACACAUUUAUUCAGUGCUCAUAUGUUCGAGUUAACUGGUUACUACGGGGUGUUUUUAACAGCCGGAGCAUUGUAUAUAUUUGGAAUUAUCUAUGGUAUAUACUGGAUAAAAGAACCUAAAAGUCCUGUUUUAGAUUCGGAAAGAGGUUUAUUGCGUGAUAUAUUCGAUCCUAAACAUGCUAUAGAUACUGUGUGUUUGGUUAUAAAGAAAAGUCCUGGAAAUAAUAGAUUGUACAUAGCAUUUGUGUUAGUGAUAGUGUUUUUAUAUACUUCUGUUGUGGAUGGUGAGGGUGGAAUUUUUUACUACUAUACCCAAAAUGUAUUUGGCUGGGAUAUAGUAGAGUAUAACUACUUUAUGUUAAUCAACGUUUUGGUACAUUUAGCAGGAAUUGCGAUAGGAGUACCUUUUUUCACCAAAGUAAUGCAUCUAACUGAUACAAUGAUUCUACUUAUUACGUUUUUGGAUAAAAUUUUUAGUAAUUUCAUAUUCGGAUUUGCUAAUACCAUCGCUUUAUUAUAUGCAGCUGCAAUCGUAUCGUUAUUGACAGGAAUAACUCCAAUUGGAAUUAGGUCAUUGGAAACUAAAAUUGUAUCUGAAAACGAUUUAGGAAAAGCUCAAUCACUGUUUGGAUUGUUUGAAGCGUUAGCUCCUGCGAUUUCAAUACCGAUUUAUAAAAAAGGAAUUUAUAACAAUACAUUGAAGACCUUUCCUUCACUUUAUUUCUUUUUUGGUAUCAUCUUAUACGCUAUUUGUAGUGUAAUUGUAACAUGGAUAUUUUGGAAAGAAAAAAUGAAGAAUAAGCUUAAAUAUGAGCCAGAUAUAGUAUGGGAAAUGAGUAAAACACAUAAUAUUCCAAUGGAUUGUUACAAAAAAUCAGCAAACAUUUAAAUACAGUCGGAAUACUAAUCUAAAUAAAUUAUACUAUUUUACUAGCUUCUCUUUAGUAUAAUCUUUUUCCUAAUUGCGUGAAGCUAAUUGAACUGUGCAACAACAAAGUUACAUUUAAAAUCAAAUUCAAAAGUAAACUGAAAUGAGGUGAUUGAAGAAUGUUGAAUUGUAGAUUAUAUUUUAGAAGCUCAAUAACUAUUUUUUAUCUAAUUUCACUAUCAAAUUUAAUUCAUUCCAUUAGAAAGCCUCACAUUUUUCAUAAACUUGAUAGUAUAUCAGUUAUGAAAAGUAGUUUCAGAUUCAAAGAAUAAGUUAUCAAUUACUGUGAAAACUGACAAUAAUUUUAUUACUUAAACAGAUAAUUGGCUCAUCAUUUUAAUUCAGUAGUAUUUCAAGGUUUAGAAAUAUCGAAAACAAUAUUAACAGAGACACAGUUAUUUAAAGUAAGUCCAUUUUCUGGGUGAAUAUUCUCUUGAGCGUUUUGUCUAAUGUUAAUUUCAUUUGAAGCUGUAAUAUCUAUAUUUAUGCCAAGUGCUUGGCCCAGAAUGUUUUCUGAAAUUCUUCUUUUAUUUUCUAAUGAAUUCUCAACAUAGCGUUCGGCUUCACCGUUGGAUUUCCACCCUCCAUGUUGCUUUAUUUUCAGAAUGUCCGCUUCUGAGUCUACCAAGAGAGAUGAUGACAAGCGUCUGAAACCAUAUCCUAUGGACUUUUCCGCAAUAGGUAUACCCAGGUACUGAGAAAUCUUUGCUUGUAAUUUUCCAAUGUUAUUUAUGCGUACGGGUUUUAUGCCACAUUUUCCAUUAUAAUAUCGAAGCGAAGAUAUUGUUGGCCAUUUAUUUGACCAUAAAGCUGUUGUGACCGCGCAAGUUGCUGUGAAUGGUCACACGAUAACGAAAUAAUAAUUGAAUGGAUUGAAAAGAUUGUGUGACGCUGUUAGGAGAAAGCGGCCACAGCUUUGGACAGGCGGAGACUGGUUGCUGCAUUACGACAAACUAUCAAUAGAAUCUUGUGAAGCAAAAUUUAACAAAGCACCAAGCUGUACAGCUUCACCUGCCUUUUUCUAGUAUUUUCAUGUGGUUAUUUCCCAAAUUAUAAACGCACUCAAAUGACAACAGGUCGAUCACAAGUAGAUAGUUCAAACUAUUGCGAUGAAUGCAUGAGAGACAAUAAUCAAAAUUUGCUUCAGAAAACCUUUGGUAAACAUGUCGCUGGAUCAUGAAGAAUAACAUUAUGCGAAAAUAUGAAAAUGGGCUCCAUACAUUCCUUUCUGUUAACAUUUAUAAAUCCUAGAACUAUAAAGCAAAUGUGAAAUUUUGGAAAUUUUUUGACACUUCAUUGCUUCGUGAUUGAAGCGCAAUUUUAAAAAUGAAGUUUAAACUUCAAACGUCGGCUUAAACGACAGAUACCCACUUCUUUUAUGUUUUAUAGAUUGCGUUUACAGAAAAACUUUGGUUUAACUAAUACCGGUGAUAGUUUCAAAUUUAGUUAAGCAUGAAACUUAGGAUUCCACCCUAGCUUUUUCAAAGCUUUAAUGUUUUAACGAUAUGGUCUUGAGUAAGGAGUUGUGGAUUUGAAAAAUGUCAAACUAAAUCCACUUUAUAUUUGAUAAAGUUGAUGAAAUUAUCAACAUUAUCGAUACGCCGAAAAAACAAAAAGUUAUUCGUUCCAGAGCGAAUCUUUAAAUUGUCCCACAUUUUUUAAAUUUGUUGAUCUAUCGAAAAUAUGAUUGUUCUUGUUAUUUUCAUUAUUAAAUUUCUAUGCAGACUCCUCCCAUUUUUUUCGUUUCCUUUCAAGUUACCGUAUCACUUUUUUAUGGAUUCGACUGUUUCUUUAUAUUUCUUUACUAGCACUACUUUAUAAAUCUUUAUUGCACGAUUUUUUUUGUGUCUUGUACAUUUUUCUUUAUAAAACCUUCUUAAACAAUUAAACUUUAAAACAAAUAUCGAAAAAAUUUGGGAAAACUAGCAGAAAAUCUUUUUCAUUCUUUGUUCAAACUAGAGUAAAAACCAUAGUUUGAACUUUAGAUUAAUUUUCAGUUUUACCCUAGGUUGUAAAAUUGGCCUGUAGCAGUUGCCUCAUUUCAGUCAAAAGCAUUAUGUUAUUGACAGAGAACUAGCAUGUUUUUUCAUUAAUUUUUGUUUAUCCUUUUUAAAACAACUUCAAAACCAGUUAUAAACGAAUAAUUACUUCGUUUUCAGAAUUUGCCUUAUGCCUUUACUAUUCUAUCAAUCAAUACACUUUCUCCCUUCAAUUUCAGAGAGUAUCACUUCGUGAGGGCAUAAGUUGUAUAUUAUUUAACAUUUUUCGUGAUGAACUAAUAUUAAGUCAAUAUGGAAAACGUAUAGGAAGAAGAGAGUACUUACUGGGUACGCUGCAUCAAUUUUUAUAAUGAAAUUGCACAAAAGUCUCCUCCCUCCAUAUCUUUGAAAAGAUAAUGAAUAGACAUAUUUGAAAUUUAACAUUAUCGAACUUUAUUAUUCGUGAUGACAACGACAUAAUCGUCAUUGACGACGUUACAGUCAUCGUUGCCAAUAGUUUUUAAUGGAUCUUACAGCAACUAGUUAGUUAUAGAUAUUAAUUAUAUCGUUCGCGUCUGGCUUUGUUUUUAAUUGAAUCAAAAUCAUAAUAAUUUUAAUGACACGUUUAUUGAUCUGAAUAUCUAAAUAUUUUCAAAUGGGCUCUAUAUUUUUCCGACCCUUUAAUGAAUUCGUCUGAUACCUUUUCGGCUUUACUUGAGAAAAUAUUUGUGAGGUGGGUGGAUGGGCUGAAAAUCCCAUUAUACCUUUGGACUCAAUUUAUCUAUCAUAUUUCCCAUUCCCUUAACAAUUUAGGGCUUUUUUACAUUAUUAUACAGGGUGUUCUGGACUUGAUGCAAAAAAUUCGGGAGUGAGUGAAAAUAAUGCUUUGAUAUAAAAGAAAAAUCUUAUCCGACCCCUCGUUUUUCUGUUAUAUGCCUUUAAAAGCUGCGAAAUCAGAACUUAUUUUUUGACUGAAAAAAUAAUACUACACUACUAUCUGAACUACGAGCGGCUCUUGCUCAAUGGUUAACAAUCCGUAACUUUUACAGGGGCCACCUAUACAAUCUAAAGAAAUGAAUGUUUUAAUCGAUAUUUUGAGAAAAAGGUACUCUUUGUUUAAGUCAAUCAAAUUUAUGGUUUAGGAGAUAUGUAUGUAGAUUUUUGGAUCGUUGUAAAUGCUAAGGAAACCGUUUGCCAUAAAGAGACAUUCUAGAGAAAAUUGUUAUUAUUUAUUCAUAAUAUUUACAGGAGGCAUUAAACUACAAUCGAAAAUUUCUAAUUGAACUGUGGAACAUGUUACUUACACAAGGAAUAAAAUGAAAUGUACAAAAAUUUAAUUGUCUAGCCUAAACGUAUUAAAUAAUAAAAAAGAAACUAUAAUAAAUGUUCGAAGUGGGCACCUUGCACUUCUACACAGAGCAUUCCAUUCCAAGACUCUGCCUUAUAGCGUCACAAUGCAAGUUUAUUUUAUCAAUCAUUUCGUUUCUUGUGUUUACUGGUAUUGCAUAAAACUAAAUUUUGCAACAAUCAAUAAACGUUAUGUCAAAAAAUCGCUACAAAAUUAUGAACAAUUUUAUUGCAUUACCAUUUCAAAGAUACCAGGAAGGGAGGGGAAUUUUGUGUAACACUAUAUCUCCAUUAACUUUAGUUUAAGUGUUUUAAAUUCACUUAAUACGACUAAAAAUAGUAUAAAAUAUAAAGUGCCCAUUUGAAAAAGAUCCUAGUUAGAAAAAUCAAGAAAUUAUUAAAUGUGAAAAGAGGAAUAUACUUUUUGAAUGUUUUAUGAAUACCGUCGUUGGAUAUUUAAAACAAUGUUCAAAGUCUUUUGGAUAUCUAAUUUAAAGAUCAAUCGCGAGUUAAAACAGAACGAAUGAGGUAUUCAUAGCAAAUAAAAAGAUGGAAAUAAUGUAAUAAAUAAUAAUGGAAUUAAGGAAAAAAUAAAUGGUUCAGGAUAUCUUACUGAACAUUCAUAAUAAUGUAAUCAAUAAUCAACGUAAGGGUGAAAAAUUCAUUUUUAAUAUAUAAACACGUACAUAAGGCACAUCUGAGUAUUAAAAACAAAUAUUUGGUGCACAUAGAACAUUUUUACUUUUUGACUGUAGUGCCAUGUACCUAGGAAACAAAAAAUGCGGAAAACUCUCAUUAGCAACUUUCAGUAAUACAUGGUAGUACAAAAUGAACAAAUAAAUGCUAACAGAGUUGAAUAUACAAAAUUUAUAAUAAUAUUACAACCGCUCUAUGAAUAAAAAGUAAAUAUUAUUUUGUAAAUCCCUGUAACAAUCAAUAAUGUAAUAUCUAUGGAUCCGUCGAUCUUCCAUCAAUAAAAUUUAUGAUUCAAAUAGCUAUUCAUAAAGAAAAAUUAAUGAAAUACAUAAUUGAUCUAUUUCCUUUUGAUAUCAUUCAGAUAUUGAAUUUUUUUCUAAAUGGGCACUAUGUAUUUCUUAAAAUAUCAUUGUUAUGACACUCAUUCAAUAAGUAUUAUUUUAACUAAUUUAUAAACUAUAAUAAAAUAUUAUUUUUGUUGUUAAUAAUUCUUAAUCUCAGAUUAUUGCGAUUUUAUUGUCAUGUAACAUUUGAAAAAUAUGAAUUAAACUAGGUUUACAAUCAA